AUGGCAGCACAAGACAGAAAGACCAUGGCUGGUAUGGAGACUCUGGACGCAGAGAAGCAGAAUACAGCUCAUCAGGAGUUCUCUGCUGAAGUUCUUGACAAGAAGGGCGACGGGGAUUACUCGGGCGCUACAGCAAAGUCUGACCCUGAGGAAAUCAAGCUGGUCAAGAAGUUGGAUCGAUGGAUCAUGCCAACUCUUUGGUCUAUGUAUUGGCUCAACUACCUCGACCGCAACGCCAUCACUCUGGCCCGUCUCAACGGCUUCGAGGAAGACCUCGGCCUAAAAGGAACCGAGUACAGCACCUGCGUUUCAAUCCUCUUUGUCGGUUACAUCCUGGGCCAGAUCCCCAGUAACAUGAUCAUCACCCGUGUGCGACCCUCAUGGUACAUGGGCGGCUUCAUGAUGGCAUGGGCCGUCGUCAGUUCUCUUACUGCCGUGGCAAAGGACUACAAGGGUGCUCUGCUCACACGGUUCUUCCUUGGUGUUGUGGAAGCUCCUUACUACCCCGGUGCCCUAUACAUGCUGUCGACCUUUUACACACGAAAGGAGCUGGCUACUAGGAUUAGCAUCCUUUAUUCUGGCAACGUCCUUGCUUCCGCCUUUGCUGGGCUCAUCGCUGCGGGCGUCUUUAAGAUGGACGGUAUAUCAGGCAUUAGCGGAUGGAAGUGGCUCUUUAUUCUUCAGGGUGCCGUAACAUUUGUUGUUGCUAUUGUGGCGUGCUUCACUCUCCCCGACACACCUUUGACGACCCGAUGGCUCACCCCUGAGCAACGACAACUUGCCCACGAUCGCGUUCUCCGAGAUACAGUCGGCGAAAAGGGCGACGGAAACCCUUGGAAUGGCCUCCGCGAAGCCAUCGUCGACCCCAAAGUCUGGGUCUUUAUUGUCCUCCAGCAUCUUCACCUUGCUACCAACGGCUUCAAGAACUUCUUCCCUACUAUUGUUGACACGCUUGGUUUCGACACUACCAUCACUCUGGUCUUGACCUGUCCCCCCUUCUUGAUCGCUGGAGCCCUAUCAAUUCUUUGGGCCAAGUCUUCAGGUCACUUUAACGAGAGUACCUGGCAUAUCACCAUCUCCAAGAUUGUUGCUACCUUUGGUUUCGUCCUUGGCUGCGCUACAUUGAACACCGGUGCCCGAUACUUUGCCAUGUGUGUUUUCACCAUUGGAACAUAUGGUGUGAACUCUAUUCUUCUCGCCUGGGUUGGAAAUACCUGCGGUCAGACAAAGGAGAAGAAGGCUUCUGCUCUGGCUUUGGCCAACGUCAGUGCUACGCUCAGUCUGAUCUGGACUCCUUACCUUUGGCCCAAAUCGGAAGCUCCUCGAUAUGUGCUGCCUCUUUCCAGCAGUGCGGGUUUCGCCGUUGCGUGUAUUGCUGGAGUGUGGCUUAUGAGAUGGAUGUUGGUCAGGGCAAACAGGAAGAUCAGACAGACCGACUCUGAGGCUACUCUUUUCUAUGCUUACUAG